AUUCUUAGCGCCCCCGGCGCGCCUGGCCGCGCGGCCAUGGCCGAAUGGAGCAAAGGGGUCAGCGGUGCUUCGUGGCUAGAGGCUGGGACCACCGAAACCACCGAGCUGGACGAGUCUGACACCUCCGACAGCCCGGCGACCUCCAACGACCAGGCGGAGCUGGAACUUGGACCAGUCGGAGCUGAAGAAGCGGAGCCAACGACCGCGAAGGUGGAACAGCACAUGUCCAAUUUCCAAUUCCUGGAACUUCAAUUCCAGCAGGUUUGUCACUGUGUCCAAAACAGCAACGAUGAUCUGUUCGCAAGAUUAGAAGCGCUCUUCGAAAGGCAAGCGGAAAGACAGCACGACUUGCAGACGAAGCUGGACGCCAUCACCGAAGACAGCACGGCCCGCUUCAUGGCGAAGGUGGCGCGGGACAUGGUGCAGGCCGAGCCUAGUCCAAAACCACCGAGCUGUCCACCCACCUCACUGGCGGUGGAAAAGCCCGAAAAGCCUGAGCUGCCAGGCGCGGUGACAGCGCCGGGUGACACAGAGCCGAGGCCUCUCUGGAGCGAGCCACGGGACGAUGACGCGACCUAUGAGGCUGAGCUCGCGGUGACCUCGCGGACGUCGGACAUGUCGCUUUUUUCGGAUCAGACGCCGCCCACGACCGCCCUGCUCCAGCGCGAAGAUGAAGCCGCGUACCAAGCGGCCUUGGCGAAAGCCAGAAGGUUGCAAAAUAGAGAGACCAAACGGCUGACGAGGCAAGUCUCAAGUGGUCACACCGAACAUUGGCAAAUUCGCUUGCGCGACUUCAUGCAGACUGCCUUGAUGGAGAGUAUUUGCGCUGGAGUCAUUUUCACCAACUCCAUUCUGAUUGGAGUGCAAACUGACUACAUGGCCAAAAGACUCGGAGAAGAGCAACCCCUGGUCUUCACGGUGGUGGACGCCGCCUACACAGCCAUCUUCGGUCUGGAGCUGUCCGUCCGUCUGCUGGGCUCGGGCUUGGGCUUCUUCUACCGAGACCCUGGCCUUUUCUGGAAUUAUUUGGAUGUUAUCAUUGUGCUCCCAUCCAUCAUGGAGCUGGUCUUAGCUUUCUUUCUUCAGCUGCCAGCUGUGAGCACCGACAUCACUGCCCCGCGACAGAUGACCGGGUUCGUGGAAGCUCCAGGAGUCAAGGGAUGUGUUGAGGUUGUUUUUUUUCCGUAA